AUGCUAGACUCCAUCUACUCUCUCUUUACCUACGGAAAAUCCCUUUUGAUUCCCACCCCAUCGGAACCAGGAUCCACCAAUAAGAAUGAAAACAAUCAACUAGAACAACAAUAUCCAAUUGAUAGAAUGUCCACCACAAGAAACUUUUCCGACUAUCGUUUUGAAUAUUACUACAAUUUAGAUGAUGAUUCGCUCUUUUAUAAACGCUCGGGAUGGGCUGAAUAUUGUAAUAACAAAUUGGGACUUGUUUUUAGAUAUCCAACAGUGAAUAAUUUGUGUAUUGAAGUGUUGCCUUUGGGUGAUGGUGUAAUUUCUGUACAACUCAGAGAGAAGGAAUCAGAAACAACAACUAAUGGGUGCUCCUCCUCCUCCUCCUGA